CUCAGGGCCACACACACUGACUGAUGCGGGUUAUUUACACAUAAGCUGCCUCGCCUGGCUCCAUACACAUUGUCCUGCUGCUGAGCAAAGAACGUCUGGAGAUCUGAUCUGCACAGUCUCUCUCCUCUCAUUCUUUCUCUCGCUCACUUUCACCGAACUAACUCAACAUGUCUCAUGACAAGGACAGCCUCGACUCCUUUGAGGAAGCUCACUACGAUCACUAUGAUUACUAUAACCUGCAGGAUUACCCUGUUCACUCCGGGGGCAAAGGCAGGAGCAAGAGAGAGAUGGAGCAAAACACUAACCGGCCCUUGCCAUCGGGACACGAGAGGAAGAUCGCGGAGAAGCUUCGCAAUAGCGAGAUGAAGAGAAAGCGAGCCCGGAGCCUCUCCUCCUAGCCUGACUUCUCCCUCCCUCUCUCUCUUUCUCCCCCUCUCUCCAAGGUUUACAAUGCAAUGGAUUUGACCAUGAACUGGACAUGACUUGAGAUGUAGUGCCAGAGUUCGGAUGUGUUGUCAUUCUGUGCUCUCACUGAAGUACACUUCAGUGCCUUUCACAAUGUUUUGCUAGUUAUAUGUUUCCUGAAUUCUGGGCAACAUGUUUUAUAUUACUUGUGAAGUUUCUGUUGUGCAAAGGUUGGGAUUAAGAAGCCAGAUUUAGUGUUUUUCAUUAUUUCGCAGUGAGGACCUGCAGUAUCUGCAAUGCUAACUGUUGCUGUAAUACAAGCCUGACGUUGUGUUUAACACUUUGGUUCUGGAUUAGUCAUUUUCCUCCUUCCUUACCGUUUUCAUUUAUUGAAUAUUGAUCACGAAAACGUAAGUCAAUAAAGAGAUACCAGGUGUAUCUGUCAUUUGAUCUGA